GCGGCAUGUUUUAUGCCUAGAAGUCAAAGUUCAUGAAACUUGAGCAGCGAAUUGUGGACGUACCGGAGUUCGCUCAUGAUCGGUUGAAGAGUAUAAAAGAACGCGGCUGAGAUAUUCCUGCAAUGGUUUUGGUUAGCGUGCACACUGAACGACAGUCUUCUAAGAGAAGUACGCUGCAAUUUUCGUGUCUUACAGAACACCACCAGGUUGACGGAACUUCAGAAACUACAGAAUCUAGGAUGGCCAUAGCAAUGGUACUGGUAGCGCAUCUCAUCAUUUGUGCCCUGUUUACAAUGAAUUGCCAGAUGCGCUUCUUACCUGAUGUUCUUGGUAAGCCAAGCCAGCCGCAGUGCACAUGUCAGCCCUGCAUGCGCACGAGCUCCGACCGAGGGGCCAGCCCGCGUGACGGAGGAAGAAAGCGAGGAUUGCGACGGAUGGUUAUCGUGCCCAGGUCAUUGUAGCUGCCCGAACCUAGUGCUUCAGCUACUUGGAAAGCGCAGUUGUCGCUAGGAAGAACCCUGCUGGAAGUCUCACGAGCUGAAAAUAAACUAUUGUUUUCACGCAAA